AUGUCUCCGUCGCGCAAGGACCCUGGUAUCAACCUGUCGAAGAUGAUAAUCGAGAAGGACUCGCUCGUCUGCAGCUUCACUAGCUUACCUAGUGGAAUGUGGGGCAUCCAAAAGGUGAGCGAUCCGAGUCUAAUAGGCACUCAUCUGAUCAUCAGUAUUCAGUUCCUUCUGAACUUGAGUUUGAUGGUCGACAUUGUCUUUGUCAUUGCAUGCCUUCUCAACUACGUCAGCUUCCACGUUGGCUACGAUUUUUACGGUAACACCGCCGUCCGAUGACUGAUAUCACGUGAGACACAGAUCCUUCAGCUGUUUCCGUCUCAUUCGUUCAUGUCGGAGCCGUCAUCGUCUGCAUUGUAAUCCUGUUCGCCUCCCUCUACGCUACCUACGGACUCAUCGUCAUGAACCUCCGCAAACUCUGCAUCGCUCUCUUCAUUUGGGUGAGUUUAGACGUUUAAGUGAUAAAAGAAGUCCCCAAAACUUUCAGCUGGGACACUUGGCUUGUGCUGGAUUCUUCUUGGUGUCCGUAGCCGUUGCCUGGGUCAGAAACUUCAAGUUCGACCCGCUCAACAUCCAACAGUCAACGUGCCAAUUCAUCCGCGUGCCAAAUGCCUGUGACGUCACUCUUGAAGAAUACCUGGUAACUGAUAGGCUAUCAAUUAUAAUCACACUUCACUAUUCAGGCUGGAGUCUCUGUGUUUGUUGUUCUCAUUGCUUUCUUCAAAUUCGCCCAGAUCAUGUGCCUCCGAGCCCUCUGUCUGUUCAGUCAAGAAGUCUUCCAAUACGUUGACUGUGAGAGUUUCUACAACCGCUGGUACGAUGAACGACUGGAGUAUCUGUGAACUAAACGUUUUCAGCCUCACCGAGCCGGAUCGUCGUCGUCGACACGCCCAGCGCCGUGCUCAAAAGGACGCCAAAGGAAAGAACGGAGCGGAUGAUAGCGAUACCGACGAAGAAGAUGUAGGAGUGAUCAGAAAUCGUUAUGAAUAUGAAAGAUCACAUUUCAUUCAGGUGGUUGUUUUUGAGCGCGUGACCGGCCGUUUCCCGGGAGGCAGCACGAUCAGAGACAACAGCAUUGCUUGA